AUGACGGGCAGCGAGAAUCUGGAGACAUACGAGGGCCGCGUGGAGCUGGGGAUUAUCGGUGGGACCGGGCUGUACCAGUUGGGGUGUCUGGAGCCGGUUGCGACGCUUGCGACGGUGGAGACGCCGUGGGGACGGACGUCGUCGCCUGUCACAGUGGGGCGGGUGCGCACCGAGGGUGCGGACGCGUUUUACGUUGCGUUUAUAGCGCGGCACGGCGUGGACCAUGAGAUCCCACCGUCGCGGGUGCCUAACCGUGCCAAUGUGGCGUGUUUGAAGCGACUCGGAUGCCGGGCGAUUUUGUCGUUCAGUGCUGUCGGGUCGUUGCAGCACCAGAUAAAGCCUCGCGAUUUCGUGUUACCGCAGCAGAUCAUUGACCGCACGAAGGGUAUCCGAGAAUCUUCAUUCUUCAAUGACAUAGGACUGGUGGCACACGUUCCUUUCGGAGAGCCGUUUUCGGAGGCGUUUGCCAAGUACAUCCACCGCUUCCGCGACGUGCUUGAGAAUCCGGACUCCGAGGAGCCUUGUGAACUGCACUUCGACCGGGACACCACUGUGGUGUGCAUGGAAGGGCCGCAGUUCUCGACGCGGGCUGAGUCGAAGCUGUACCGGCAGUUUGGGGGCGAUGUUAUCAACAUGAGCGUCCUGCCAGAGGCAAAGCUGGCCCGGGAGUGCGAGAUCGCGUACCAGAUUGUAUGUAUGUCGACGGACUAUGACGCUUGGCGGGACGAGUUGGAGCCCGUGACAGUAGAGACGGUUGUCGGCAAUUUAACCGCCAAUGCGCGCAAUGCAAAUGCGCUGGCGUCGAAAGUGAUUGCUGCCAUGGCGGCAGAGCGGCCACCUUUCCUGAAGAAUGCCGACGGUCUGCAUGGUGUAGUACAGAUGUCCAUCUCAACCAAGCCUAGUGCCAUUUCCGAGGAGGGUCAACGGCAGCUAGACUACCUAUUUCCCGGUGAUGCGUAA